CCACUUUUCAAAAAACUUCCAAAGUUCGAGCAUGGUUAAUUUGUUUUUGUGUUGAAUAUUGAAAAAUAGUUUGUUUAAAAUUUGGAUAAAACCUAGCCGUGUUGUAAAAAUUUACUGGUCAUUUGUCAAACAUAUCAUAAAUUUGAAUCUAUCGUUAUUUAUAGCGUGCGGUGAAAUAUCAAACGAGUUAAAACAAACCAUACGAAAAUCAUUUCAAAUUGAAAAUAUUUGUGAAAGUUAGAAAAAAACAAACGAGAAAUUUACUAAAAUAAUCGUUGAAAAUGAAUAAACUUGCAUUAUUUAACCAUCUGUCCAUCCAAGCAUUAUACAACAUAUUUCCGUCUUUGGGGUGUACAGAUCCCAUAGUACAUUUUUGUAUGGGAAUUGGUUGUUUUAUUUUGAAGUUGAAUUCUGUCUCGGGCGCUGUACGCCUCCAAGACGGACAGAAGGUUGAGAGUGAUGAGGUUGAUGGUUCAAAUGAUGUUGAGGAUGAUUCAACUGAUGUCAAUGAAGCAAGGCCACUGAAACUAACACAAUUAAAUAAUGAUUGUCUCGUGCAUAUUAUGAAGUUUUUGAAUCUUAAACAGCUUCUAGAUGUUGUUGAUGCGAACAAAGAACUGAAAACUGCCGCAGAAUCGGUAUUUAAAAAACGGUAUCGUGAAAAAGAAUUUUUCUUCAGAGGCGGAAUAAAACAUCGAACUUAUUUUCCAAAAAAUUGUAAAAUUCAACAUAUAGAUCAUCCACGUACUUCGUAUCAAUUAUUACGAUCUUUUGGUCACUUAAUUCCCAAAAUGGAGAUCUUGAACCCGUUUGUGCUAACCUAUGUGAAUGAAUAUUGCUGUGAUUCAGUUAAAUCUAUUUCAUUUAUAGAUAUGUUCCAAAUCGAUUAUGAUACAUUUGAAAAGCCAUUUAUUAAUGCUGAAAAGGUUGAAUUUUGGGACUGUCAUCUACAAGUGUACUCAAUUUGGGAGAAACUUUUUUCCAGUAGAUUUAAUAAAUUUUUCCCAAAAAUAUCUACUUUGACUCUUUACAAAAAUCUCACCCUUGAUUUGGUUGAAGUACAUUUUGCGCACUUGGAUCAAUUGAACAUUUUGGCAACAAUCGACGUCAUGACGAAAAUUAUACGAUUGAAUCCACAGAUGCGACGUUUGGUUGUGAAUGCUGAAGAUCAAAAACCUUUUCGCAUAAAAAAAUGUCUUAGUGAUGCAAGUAAAUAUCUGAAGUUGCUUGAACAUCUCGAAAUCGAACGUUUGUCGAUUGGUCCCUAUGAUUUCGGCAAAGAUGAUGUUUUCUACUUUGCAUGUUUAAAAGAGCUAAAAAUUGAUUGUGUGAACAAUGCUACAAGAAAAAUACCUAUCCUAUCUCAUUGUUUGAAGGAAUUUUCAUGUAAAUUUCCUGGCGAUCAGCUGGAUAAAUUUGUAAUUGCUUACCUCAAGGCAAAUCCGUUCAUAACAAAACUCAGCUUGGAAUGCAAUGGUACAGGCAUCGAAAUGGAAGAAAAUGUCAUGGAAAUUAUCGAAGCACUACCACUGGUGGAAGAGAUUCACUUUAGUAAAUUCAAUGUUUCAACUAAUGAUGUGUUUCGCUUCUUGGAAAAUUGCCAUUCAUUGCAGAAGUUUUGCUGUCAAAUGGCAUGUCGUCACUUAGAUAAUAUUGACCAUAAGGAUUGUCAUUUAGAUUUAAAUCAUUUGAAUGAUAAAUUGCCUAUAGGAUGGGAAGCUUUAAACGAAAAACAGUCCGAGCGGUGCUUUGUAACAAUUGAAAAAUGGUACCCGUGUACAAAAAGAGAACCCGUGUACAGAAGACUGACUAUUUUGGGACAAACUGACUGACCAUUGACUGUAAAAACA